AUGUCUACGCAAGCUCUCACCACACCAUCCAAAUCGCUGCUCAAUGACAAGUGGGACGUUGUGUUGUCCAACACGAUCGUCAAGACCGGUCUCGGGUUCUGCGGAGGUGUCAUUUUGAGCGCACUUCUCAAGAGACGUACCUUCCCUGUUUGGCUGGGAAUCGGAUUUGGUCUCGGAAGAGGUUAUUCUGAGGGUGAUGCUAUAUUCAGAUCGUCUGCUGGAUUGAGAGAAAUCAAGGCAUAG